UUGCCCGUGUCUUGCAGGGCCAAAGUUUUCUCUGUAGGGAUAUAUCUUUUUAAAGCAGCCCAGCUGCAUGCAAACAGCCUGCAGUUGAAUCCACGCUUCUGGGACAAGUUUAACUCAGAGAGGAACAGCAGCAGGAGUACUGCUUUUGCCUCUCCUCCGGCUACUCCUGUCAAGAUGGAUUUAUGACUUGAAAAGUGGGGCGGGAGUUGGGGGAGGAAAAUUGCCUUCAGGAGCCAGAGACUCCACCACAGCCUAGCAAAACACACAAAAAGAGGCAGUCGGAUCUCAAGGCGUGAGCAGCAGAGAAGUGGCACUCUGGGAUCUGGUGGAUCCUUGCACGUAAUAUGACUGAUCUUAAGCCUUUCAUCUGCCUUCACAGCGCCAAGCUUUUGGAUUUAAGGUAGUUUGCCCAGAACCAGAUUUUGAUAUGUUGGCCAAGACUCUGCUUUCUGUUGGUCUCUGGCUGCAGUUUGCUGCGGGACAAAACACACCUAAGAGAGGUCCCCAGCCCUCCCUUUCUGAUUCAGAGGGAGACCUCCUCUUCUUGCUGGACAGCUCUGGUAGUGUCUCCUACUAUGAGUUUUCCAGGGUCAAAGAAUUCAUAUGGGACCUCAUGCGACCUUUCACCUUUGGCCCCAAUGAUGUCCAGACCAGCAUCAUCCACAUCAGCACCACACCAACCAUGGAGUUCCCUUUUGACCGGUACUUGUCUAGUGGGACUGUGCAACAAGCCAUCCGGGAUACUCAGCAGCUGAUGGGUGACACUAACACAGGCAAAGCACUCUCCUAUGCCAAGGAAAAGUUCUUCAGUGAAGAAGCUGGUGCCCGGCCAGAUGUGCCCAAGGUACUGGUUUGGGUGACGGAUGGUUUCUCCACUGAUGACAUCUCUGAACCCAUGCAGCUCCUGAAGGACAUGGGAGUAACGGUCUUCAUUGUCAGCACUGGACGGGGGAAUUAUCUAGAGCUCUCUGCUGCUGCCAGCCAACCUCCUGAGAAGCACCUGCACUUUGUGGAUGUUGAUGACCUGCCCAUCAUCACAAAGGAGCUUCGAGAUGCUAUCCUAGAUGUUAUCCAAGCAAAUCGGUUCCGUGCAGUGGAUAUCACCUCAAGCAGCUUCCGUCUGAUGUGGCCCAAACUCCUCUCCCAGGAAACUGGCUACUACACCCUAGAGUAUGCCCCAAUAGAUGAUCCAGCAAGAAAGAGGACAAAGCAAGUGUCUGGGGCUCACACUAACCUCAUGCUGAGCAACCUUGCACCAGAAACCACUUACCAGGUGGCACUCAUUCCUGAAUCCAACGUGCACUACAUCCCUCCGCAGACAACAAGGGUUACAACGCUGGCAGAGGAAACCAGUCCAGCUCAGGUUCUCAUCUCAGAGUCCAAGCCACACAGCUUCCAUGUUAGCUGGGCUCCCACACCGGACAGUGUGAUCGGUUAUCAGAUCCUGUAUGGGCCGCUCCCUGGGGACUCAGUGAAGCUGCUGGAGGUGGAUGGCAAGCGCAACAGCACUGUGGUGGAGAACCUGACACCCAACACAACCUAUCUAGUGACAGUGACUGCCAUCUACAAAACAGGAAAGGAGAAAUCCCUGUCAGCUAAAGCAUGCACUCAGGAAGAGGGCUCCAAGGUGAGGCACCUUCGCUUUGAGAACAUGGGUCCCAACACCCUGAAAGCCUCCUGGGACUCUGCCGAUGGGAAGGUCCUCGGUUACAGAGUUAGGUGCCGACGACAAACUGGCCCUUCAUCUCUCAUCAGCGUUUCGCCACAGAUCCACAGCGUGCUCCUCACAGAUCUGAUUUCAGGCACCACUAACAAAGUGUGUGUGAAGCCCAUGUACAAGGACCAGCCAGGCAAGGGGCUGUGCCGCAUGGUGCACAUGCAACCAGCUACAGAAGCCCAAGGAUAUAAGCGCAGACAGAGCGCAUGACAGGCACUGGAGCGAACUGAUCCCCCACAGAGCAAGGGGAAAGGCUUGGACAAGAUGGAGGGGUCUGGGGAGGAAGCCAGAAACCUCACAGAUCAUCUCCCAACCUGCACAGUGCAUUGAGCUGUAUCGACUGUUGGUGGUUGUCAAGCCUAAAGGCUGUCCUUAGUCAGGUUCUCCUAAAGCUUAAAGGUCUGCCAUGGCUGGAUGGAACAAGCAACCUGACUGAUAGAUCCCAAAUCUGUACCGUCUCUUAUGUAACUAUGCCUGACAAAUAGCAAAGAAAAGGCAAAGUGAUGAAUCUGCACUGUUGUUUGCUUGCUUCCUGUUCUCUAUUUAUUAAAUGUUGAUACAACUUUAUUUUUUCAGCGUAGGAACAUGUUCGAGAUUCAACAGUUUACUGCACUGGCCUUUUAUUCUGGGCAUCUGCACUCAGUGAAAGAAUAUACGUGCCCAAAUCCAUUCCUACUGUCAAUUACCACCGAAAUUGAUGUACUUGACGAAAAGCAACUUUCCUCCCACUCACCAGUAUACUCAACAGGCAGCUCAAAUUAACAAUCUCGGAAGUAUAGUCAUUUCAGGCAUGGAAGGAAAAAAUCAUUAGGAGAAAGAAGAGUAACAAAAUACAGAAAUGUACAGUACCUUGAUGAGAUCUAGCCCAAGCUACCAGGAUCUCUGAGAAGAGGAAGAAAAGAGAUCAUUAACCCACUUGGCAUUUGCCCAGAAUAUGAGGGUAACAUCCUGCCUCUUACAAACUGCAAGGACAGUUUUGUGUUCCCAGGUGGUCUGUGUUUUAUGGCAGAGCUUGGUCUGUGCCGUCUGAGUAGGGUUACGUCAGGCCAGAGCUGAUGAGCUUAUAAGUUAUACAGUGGCUGUCCUCUAUGUUCUUGAGGCUCAUCAGUACUGUUCCACUCUGUCUCUCUGGCUCUGAUGCUAAAUUCUUCUGAUACAAUGACAUACAGAUCCUUGCUGGACUUUGAAGGAGCCAGAUCCCCCAAGUCAUUUGCCCUGGGUUUUGGUGUCAGUCUGAGAGAGUGGAAGACUCAAACACACGGGAAGUUACCUCCCCAGCAGGUGGUACUAUAUACUCUAAAGCUCUCAGCCCUCAGCUGAGUUCAGGCAGCAGCAGUGAGCCAAGCAGCAAGACCAUCUAAAACAGCUAUUUGUGUUUCUCUUUUAAGUACACACCUCCAAACAACAGUGUAGUACUGCCUGGAUCACAGCCACUGAACUACACUGGCAUACCUGCAAACAGUUUCACCUAGUCAGGAAUGAGUCCUGCUAUCAGAGCAGUUCUAUGGAGACUUAAUUAGCCUGUUCUUUGACUAAUUAGGGAUCAUCAGUGUCCAGCACUAUCAUUUCAGGCCCUGUCCUUUACCCUCUGAAGACACCUCACACAUCUUUAAAUAGCUGUCUUGUCCUGGGCUCCUACCCAGCCCUAAACUUGAAUUACAUUUGAAAAUCUUGUUUUUAUGGGGGAGAGUAUAUUUGAUUCCUUCCCUUUGGCCCCAGGCUUGAAUUUGCUGUCAUAAAGCUACUCUUCAGAAAGGGGAGUUUGAAAAAAAAAAAAAAGGAUUAUUUUUCUACCUAGUGACAGAGCCAUUUUAGGUGCACAGUUCCAAAAUUCAGGGCUUAGGGCUGUAAGGCAAUGUAGAUACUUCUCUGGUAACCAAAAGCAGCAUCAGUGGACAUAUACUCUCUCAGUAAUGCUUGCUCUAUUUUAAGGUUUUUGCUUAUUUGUCCUACAUGUGGAACACUUUUUUAAAACUAUGCUGUACGUUUGGAGAGCCCCCAUGCAAACCCUCCAUAACUCUGCUUAUGGGCCCUUUAAAUCAGUUCCUUUUGGAGCUGAGAGGUACUUUGACACUGACCUUGUCUCCCCUGUGCUAAACUUGACCUAUCUAGAUUUAUGGAGUAUUUGUCUUGGGCUAUCUCCCUGUACGGGAGGAUGGGAUGGGAAGGAGGUGAGUCACCCAUUUACUAUAUAGGGAGAUUUCAUAUGAUUUGUAUUCUCCUUUGGAAUGUGCAUUUGUGAUUGAUCAGUCUGAAUGGAGACUGUGCUGAGGGAAAGAUACAGCCUCUGGAAUCUCUCAUGAUCUCAAGAUCAUCUUGUUCAUCUUGCUGUAGGACAGAGAUUAUUUAAUUUUGCAAAAUUCCCUGCAUAGUUUACUAAUUCCUUAACAUUCCCUCCCUUCCCUGCAUUGUAAUGCAUCCUUUUGAAGACAGCCAAUUAAUUAUACAACACAAGAGCUAUUGAGUUGGAAUGAUUACUUCGUUCUUGAUAGUUGUAGGGACAAAUCUUUUAAGUAUAACUAAGGAGAGGUAUAAGUUGAAAAGCUGGUAUUCAUCUCAAUUUUAAAUGACUGAAAAAUAAGUGUUCCGUCCAUGACUUCAUAGUCUGAUUUACAUGGAACUUUACCAAAAAAAAAUUAGAAAUACAUCAGUCUUCAGCCUUACUAAUAUCUCAGCUUUAGUGAGAAAUGAAUACCAUAUUAUAAGGAGCCAAAAUAAAUGUCCCUUAAAUCUUGGUUGAACUGGUAGUACUCUUAAACAUGAAAAUAUGGCCAUUCUAAGAUAGACAAGUAAGUUAAACUGAACUUUCUUUGAACUAAAGCCUAAUGAUUUCUAAAGCUAUUUAGGCAUCCCACCUGCACUGAAUUAGUGGGUGUGACACCCACACUCCAUUAUAGAAUGAGAGCACAAACCAUCAGUGUUCCUGAUAGGAGCUGGAUUCUGCCUGUAGGGGGAUUAUAAAGAGCGUCAUCUGUGGGUGAGCUAUUCCCAUAUUUUCUAUAUGAUCCUUGCACCCUCUGAUGCAUGUGGUGUGGGCUAUUAUUAAAUAUUUAAUUAUAUUAAUAUUAAAGAUGAAAGAUAGUCUUAAAUAUUAAUAUUAAAGAAUUGAUUAUAUGGAACUGCUAGUGUGAUCUGGUGUGUCAGGUUCCAUUGGUUCUUUGGCAAUGCAAGAUUCCCCUGCUUUCCUGUAUCAAGAUAUUGUGGGUUUUUUUGAACAUCACCUUCUAGGUAGGUCCUGAUCCAUCAGGAACCAGACUGAAGCUAUCCUACCCAGAUCCUGUUACCUAGACACCUAAUGGUUUUCUGCAGGGAACAGUCAGCAUGUUUCUCCCAGUUCCAGAAUCUCGCUAGUUUGUAUUCACUUGGAACAAACUUGCUCAUAGGUGCAUCCAGCUUGCCUCCUUCCCCUGCAUAAUCCCAGAUUUGCUGAGAUGUCAAAGUACAAACAUAACUAGGAUAUGCUAAUCUCUCCAGGCAGUAGUGGAGGGGAGAGGUGCUAUAUCUGUACUUGGCUAUUGUCAGCCAGAAGGGCAUUUAAUUUACUAUAGCACAUGCCUGGCACAAAUAGGACUAACUUUUACAAAUUCAGUAAGAAAUACAAGCUGGCCUAUACACUUGAAAGGUGUGAAGAUUCAGGGAAUGUUUUUAUUGCUUCUAAGACGAUGAAAAAGACUCCACCAGAUAUGGAAGUAUGCUCACUAUACAAGCUGAGUGAGGCAUCUCCAUUCUGGACAGUGAAAUGCAUACAAGAAAAUAGCAUACAAGAGCAAUUACAGAUGUUUGUUUAGUGCUUAUCCUUGUCCUUUUGCAUUGAGCAGUGCAGGAAUCACAUUUUUAUUGAAAUAAUCAAUAUAUUCUGUGAUCAAAGAUGGAAAAUUGAAAAUGUAAAUUAGAAAACUAUGGUUAAAAUGGAAUUAACUAUUUUGUGGAAAAGGGAUGCUAUGUUUGGGAUAUUACCUUGUAACAGACACUAGCUACUUUGCCAUUGUAUUGGUUUUCCAAUGUGUAUGCAUGGCACUAUGGAAUCACACAAUAGAGCCAACACUAACCUUUAGAAUCAGCAAUGUAUCUGCUAGAUUACCAACAGUAAAAGAAAAGGAGAAAGGUUUGAUGGAAAAAUGAAGCAAUCUGCAGACACUCUUUCAGAGACUUAGUCAAGUCAAUGUUUUUGGAGGACACAAGAAUGUUUAAAGGGAAAAAGAUACCUGAAUGACUGCUACUGGCCUGCUUAUGAACACUGGAGCUUAUCUAGGCUGCUUUCUACAGUUUAUAUCAUUUCAGGCUGCAUAAUUUUAUAUGUAAGCUUUAUGUAUGUUUCUGACUUUUUAUAUGGCUAGUAUAGUUAAAUUUUCCUCUUGUACCUAUUCAUUUUUUUUUUCACAUUACAAGCAAUUUGAUUAAGAAUAGUUUUCACAAAGUGAAAUACAACUCUGUAUCAAGCAUAA